CACCUUUCAUGUAAUGUCAUUCAAAAUUCGCGCCAAAAUCUAAAUAAGCUAGGUAAACUAUUUUAAGUUCAUUGUAUUUCGAUCCCUAUCAACUUUAAAAGCAAAUCCUUGGAUUUCACAUACAAAUAAUUUAUUAACAUGGUACCAAGUAUAUAGUAAGAAUUGGAUUUACUUCAUAACUUCAUGGAUUACACUUCCUUCAUUAUCGUUGAUCAUUUCUUAUAACAUGUCCAAACCUCCACAGCAGUCUCUUUACUAAGCUGAAAAAUAAGAAAAUUACACAUGGAUUUUACACUUAUAAGACGUACACGCGUUGGGCUUCAAAAAUAUAACCCAAAUGUCUUUGCAUUUUGAAAUGAAUGCUUUCUUAUCAGACUGAGAAUGUUCCAAAGCAACAUCCCCAAUGAAGUCUUAGCCACGACUAGGAGAAGAGCUGCUAGGCAGAGCAUCAUUAGGAUUUCGUUCAUUGAAAAUAGUGGGGAGCAUCUCAUCACAACACAACGUACAACGGUUCAAAAACUAGUUGUGCCAUUUUCAAUGGAUGAGAGAGCAUUUCAUCAGAAAAUUAGGGAAGCUUUUCCAAUAAUAGGAGAGGGUGGAAUUGAAAUCUGCAGAGUUGACAGGAGGAGAAGGGUAAUACCUGUUGAGUUGAGCUCAGUUUGCCCUGCAGCUAUAAAAGCAUGCCCACAGUUUGGCAGGUCAGCGGUGUAUGUGAGGCUUAAGAACACAUCCAGUUUGGCUGGCACACAACAUGACAGCAGUAACGAGGGGAACUGUCAAAGCAGUACUACUGAUCCAAUCUAUGGAACCGUAGACAUUUUAGGUAAUCCGGGAACAAGCAGGGAUCAUCAGCGGCGCCAGUUUGAAUCCUUAGAACAAAGGCUGAAAAUUACUAUUUAUUUUUUUCAUUUUAACAUCUGCAACUGGCUCUGCAACUGGCUCUGCAACUGGCUCUGCAACUGGCUCUUCAUCUGCUCCAAGGAUUCCACGUAUCCCUGUCUGGUUUCGAGUUAGCUGUGAGAGACAUCCUCGAAUGAAGAGCUGAUGGGGAGACAUGUACUGUUCAGUUCUCAGCUUGUGGUGGUUCCAUUGUUGAAUGAACAGUUGGAGAUCCCUGUUAAUUCGAGGUAUAUACACAUAAUGUAAUGCCCACAGGUGCAUUUCAUUGGUACUGUCAAUUUUACCCUCACUUUCCA